AUGAGUCAGUACGAUCCAGGACAGGACGAGCCAGGACAGUACGAUCCAAGACAGUACGAGCCAGGACAGUACGAUCCAAGACAGUACGAGCCAGGACAGUACGAUCCAAGACAGUACGAGCCAGGACAGUACGAUCCAAGACAGUACGAGCCAGGACAGUACGAUCCAAGACAGUACGAGCCAGGACAGUACGAUCCAAGACAGUACGAGCCAGGACAGUACGAUCCAAGACAGUACGAGCCAGGACAGGACGAUCCAAGACAGUACGAUCCAGGACAGUACGAGCCAGGAGAGUACGAUCCAAGACAGUACGAGCCAGGACAGGACGAUCCAAGACAGUACGAUCCAAGACAGGACGAUCCAAGACAGUACGAUCCAAGACAGUACGAGCCAGGACAGGACGAUCCAAGACAGUACGAUCCAAGACAGUACGAGCCAGGACAGUACGAUCCAAGACAGUACGAGCCAGGACAGUACGAUCCAAGACAGUACGAGUCAGGACAGGACGAUCCAAGACAGUACGAUCCAGGACAGUACGAGCCAGGACAGUACGAUCCAAGACAGUACGAGCCAGGACAGGACGAUCCAAGACAGUACGAUCCAAGACAGGACGAUCCAAGACAGUACGAUCCAAGACAGUACGAGCCAGGACAGGACGAUCCAAGACAGUACGAUCCAAGACAGUACGAGCCAGGACAGUACGAUCCAAGACAGUACGAGCCAGGACAGGACGAUCCAAGACAGUACGAUCCAAGACAGGACGAUCCAAGACAGUACGAUCCAAGACAGUACGAGCCAGGACAGGACGAUCCAAGACAGUACGAUCCAAGACAGUACGAUCCAAGACAGGACGAUCCAAGACAGUACGAUCCAAGACAGUACGAUCCAAGACAGGACGAUCCAAGACAGUACGAUCCAAGACAGGACGAUCCAAGACAGUACGAUCCAAGACAGGACGAUCCAGGACAGUACGAGCCAGGACAGUACGAUCCAAGACAGUACGAUCCAAGACAGGACGAUCCAAGACAGGACGAUCCAAGACAGUACGAUCCAGGACAGUACGAGCCAGGACAGUACGAGUCAAAAUAA